AUGGUCACCGCUCCAAGUAACAUAAUCGAGGAUUUCAGGUUAAGCCACGGUUUACUGUUUGAUCAAAGCGGUUUGCGUCUUGCGCAUAAAUGUGCGGUUCAAGCGAAUUGGUCCAUCAAAGAAUCACCAAAGACAAGACCCUCCGUACAGCUUAUAAAUACUCACAGAAUACAAGAUACCUUUAUAUAUGCAAAUAAUCUUGCACUUGAUAAAGAGGGCACUCUCUUUAAUCCCCCGAAAGCAUUUUCUCGUUUUAAAGAAAACAAUCCUUUGUACGAAAGGACGCUCGAUAAGGCGGUCAUCUUCCGAAUAGACAAAGAACUAUGGAAUAUCAACCUUAUACGUGAGGAUGUCAAACCGACCGAUGAAUUCGUUGAAGCAAUAAAGAAAGCGAUUGAACAUAACACACCGCAUAGAGCAUUGGAUGAUGUAUUCUCUGAAUACGGAUAUUGGUUGAAUUGCAAAAUUAAAAUGGGCAGCAGGUUACAACGCUUUUCUCAAUUUUACCCUUUCGAACCUGGACAAGACCAUCACCCCAAGGAUGUUGAAUUACGUCAAACAGAAUGGAUAGGCGGUGAGGGGUUGGAUUGCGAAAAUGGUUUAUAUGAUGAAAUUCACGUUGAAUGGUCAAAGAGAAUACAUCCCUUUAAGAGCAGUCACUUAAUUUCCGCUGACAGUUCCUUAAUAAAAAUCGAGGAAAUAGGCGAAUGGUUAGAAUACAGUCCGAGAACAUCUAGCCAAUGGAGUGUAAUUGAAAGAGCCGACUUUGUUCCAACCUAUAAAUUGCUAGAUGAAUCUUUAAUUAAUAAGAUCGAGAUGUUAUUCAAUGAUGAAACAGAAGUACUGAUGACUGGAGAAUUGCCAGUAGAUUGUCAGUGUGCUGAUCUUUGUCAAGUCGAGUUCUCUAAACCGCUAUUGAGUGAUGCAUAUAAAGUUGAUGGGGAAGUCUACUGCAAUGGGAAAAGAUGUGAUGUAGCUGUAACACUAUACUUUGCCAGCAUUUAUGGAUUUUCUCUCGAAAUUGAAUGGCAUGAAUUUCCUGAGAAAUCAGAAGGUAUUUAUGUGAAAUGGAAGUUGUCGGGUAAUCGUGCUAAAAUUGGUUAUUAUGACCCGUUGAAGGUUGAAGCUUGUGAAGAAAAAACCCAGGAUGGAAAAUCAUAUAUAGAAUCGGGUCCACCUUAUCGUAGUCAAUCAAGCGAAAGACCAGGACGCAAACCCAAAGGAUUACAGUCAACAGAAAGUUUUAAUGAAAGAGUUGGCAACCUGGAAAGCAAAUUAGGAGAAACAGCUAGCACCAAAUUUGAUCAAAUGUUAAUAAAACGAUUUGAAGAAGAUUUAUUCUUCUUGUUUGUAGAUCCAAAGACUUCGGAUGAACAGGUUGAACUGCUAAGAUCGCUGUGGCAUGAAUUCACAAAUAGUCAUAAGACAUUGCAGUCGGUAGAAACAACUUAUUUGCAAAUAUCCGAAAAACUGAGACAAUUAAUACUGACUACGGAAGAAGAUGGGAGACAAGAAAUAUGGGAGUCUAUUAAAAGUAUGAUAGUAGCAUAUAAAAAAAAUACUAAGACUAUCGGUGAUGAUACAAAUGAAGCUACGGCAAUUAAUGCUAUUACAAGACCGAGUGAACAAAAAAUGACCCCAAACCGUUUUGACUAUAAAACUAAAACUCGAAAGCCGAAAAGAGCAAAAGCAAUGGAAUUGACAAAGGGCUUCGAACAUGGUAGUCAACGCUUCCCUCAACCAGCACACAAUGUCACACCCCUCGAACCAAUGUUCAAUACAUCAAUUUACGAACCCCAAGUGCCCCCAGACAUGGACGACGAUCUCCAUGCAACCACCGAAGCGCCUAGCAUACUGUCAGAGUCUCCCCUAUUUAUGCCGGAUGAUUUGUUCUCACUUUUCUUGGAUUCCCCGCAACACGGACGAAAUCAAGAAUAA